UGGAAGUGGCUUUAGUUUCUUAGUGCAGUGCUUUAACCCGCUGCGCCACCAGGGAGGGCCGGAACUACAACUUUUCCCUGCUGCAAGCUGUGCUGCUGGUCCUCUGCACCCUCCCACCACCUGCAGGUACAACUGCCUAGUAAGUUUGUGUACUUUAGGUGGGGAGAGGGUAGGAUAGACACAAGCUGAGUAAAGAAAAUUAUGAGCUAAACAGCACUAUAAAAAGAGAACCGGUUUAAUCCCUUCUUUCACUGUAGUUGUGUGACUAUGAGCUACAUAUUUACCCUUACUGAGCUUCUAGUUUCUAAAAUGGAGAGAACAGGAGGCUAUUAUGUGCAGACUCUUGCACUUUCCCUUUGUCCUCCCUCCCCUUUAGUUUUGUUUUGUCACCCUCCAUGGGCACUGUUCAUUGUCCUUUGCUUUUCUUCAGAAUCUGGAUCUCUUUCCCACCUAACCAGCUUUUGGAUCCUCAAGCUGCUAUUCCUGCUAGGUCUCUGUGCUGUUGACUUCUGCAUCCCUGCUAAGAAUCUCUUCCCAGGUACCUUCCCAAUUUCACUCUCAUCAGGAGUAAAUGAAAGGAUUUCCUUGGUAAUGGAUAGAGUUGGGGCCCCAAGCCAUAGCCCACCUCCCCCUGGCCCCCCACCCCCACCCAAGCAGACAGGUGCAGCCCAAGACUGGUGCUGGUUCCUAGCCGUGCUGUUGGCCACCCUUGGAUUCUACUGUAUGGCAGCUGUGGCAGCUCUCCUGUUCCAACAUGACACACACUCAAAUGGCUGCCUGCUCAAGAUGCUUAGUCCGCAUUUUUGCUUCUGUGACAUCCUUUGCAUUGUCUCCAUUGCUCCUUGCAUCCACCUCAGUGGGUACAUGCCUUGCAGCACUCCAGACUUGGGAAUCAUGUAUCUGACCUCUGCGCUGUCCAGUCGUCCUCCAGAGAGGUAAUAGCUAUAGUGGCAGAUAAUCCUUCAAGGACAGGAUCACACCAUGUGCCUGCCAGCCCUGAGUACAAUGGGACCCCAAACACCAAACACUUCUUUGGCAGUCAUCAUGAAUGCUUGUGUACUUUUUGUUCGGUGUAUAAAGGUGUCAAGGAAGAGGUGUGAGUUGGGAAGAUAUCCAGGGCACAGCAAAGAGGCUUCUUACCUGGCUGAGGUAAUGUGAACCUUAUGGAUAAUCAAGGUUUACAGCUAUGAUUCCAGGUGAGAAUGGAGAGCUCAGUAAACCCUCACUUUCUGCUGCCCCCAAACAUCUGAACCAGAAGGUGAGUGGGCCGGGGCUGCCAGGCCAAAUGACCAAGAGACUUCUCUAGCUCCCCCAGUGCAAGCUCAGCAUCUUUCCUACAGCUAUUCUGCCUUUUACUUCAUCUUCUUCUUUGUAUUACUCUAUGUCAUAGUUACCCUUACCAACUGGUUUAGCUAAAAAGGAACAUAGCUAGAAAAGACCUUCAUUAUGGGUAACUGGACUACUUUCUGGAUCAAAGUUGCCUCAUGCUGGCAGAUAUUCCUCCAUCUGGGGUUGCUACUAACAUGAUUGUUGGUCUCCCAGCCUUUUACUUUAGGAUACAUCAAAUUGAUAUUAUAAGGUGACAGAUAGUUAUACUAGGUUCUUUUAGUAACAAGAGCUCCCCUGAAAUUGCACCCCUACAUUGUUGGCCAUCCCAGCAAAUACUUUAAGGACAAUAGGCAGUUAUCUCUUUUGGCUGAAGUGGUUACUAUAUCUGAAAUGGAAGAAGUGGCCAUGCAUAGUAUAAUGUCCUGGGCAGACUAUCUGACUCACUUGAGCUACCGUUAGGUUUCAUCUCCGCUCAAGAGCCUUACCCUCAAGUCAGCAGUUCAGGAAUCACUGCUGAUCCCAGCAGACAAUGUGGCAUCAGCACUUCCCUGGGCUGUGUGGUGGACGUGGGAACAGGGAAAGACCAACAGGGACUGAAAACUUACUUGGCUGUGCCCUUGGAGAUUAAAGGAAAAGCAGUUCAGCCCUGGGCACAGGGAUAAAAGCCGCCCAGAACCAGGACAUGGGAAGAAAGGAGCAGAGAGACGACCCUAGGUUUCAAUCCUUAUCUUGAGGUCAAAUGAAAUGGGAAGACAAAAACCACCCUCAUUCCAUGAGGAAUGACAGAAGAGAAUGUGAACAUUUGAGAACAGCUAACCAUGGGAAGUCAGUGAGCAGCAGGAUUUUGGCCAACUUUCAAGCAGGCAAACAAACUGAGGAAGAAUAAAGAAGUGGAGCUUAAAGUGAAUUUUGGAGUCCUCCCUCUUGGGCCUUCAACUCCAUCCCUGGGAUGGUGUUUAAGGUCUGCAUGGCAGACAAAAAUCACAGAAAAGAAUUCCAUAUUCUUAGAGGAUCCCUCUACCACAUAUCCAGAUUAACUAUUUGUCAUAGUAUAAUUAAAAAAUUUUCUGUGAUACUUUCUUUAGUCUACAUACCCACCACCUUUUGGAAUCU